CCGAGAUGGGAAUAAAAUGUAAAAAGUGCAGGAAAACCGUCGUGGAAAACUCGGUCAGUGAAACGGUAGUGUUAAACGCGCAUGGUCUCGCAAUUAACGAACCGGACGGUUCCGUCUGCGAGUCGGUAACCGAAAGCACCAGCGUUUUUCUCGACGAGGAGCGUUUAUCGGACUGGUUAACCGCAAAAAUAAGCGACGGCCAGUGGCAAAAGGGGCGAAUCAAUUGCCCCCAUUGCGGAUCCCGUCUCGGCGGCUUCGAUUUCGUGUCCGGAAAUAAAUGCGCCUGUAUGAAAUAUAUUUUACCGCCUGUCCACCUGACCAAUAGUAAAGUUGACAUUGCGAAACAUUAAAGAUGUGUGUUUUUUUAUUUAGAUUUUCAUUAUUUUGAAUCGGAUCGCGUUUAUUGCGAAAAUAUUUCAUCAGCGGGGAUUUUUGUGUUGGCUCCGCUGAAAACCGUGGCACUAUCGAUUGUCCAACGCAGCGUCGCGAUU